CGCGUUUCAUUGGUGCGCUGCCGCCUUUCCUCUCAGGCUCUCGCGGGGCUGUUUUGUGAAGAUGGCGGCCGAACUGGUAGAAGCGAUGAACAUGGUGAAGAGUUUCCGGGUGUCUGACCUGCAGACGUUGCUGGCCUCUAUGGGGCGCAGUAAAAGUGGGUUAAAGCAGGACUUGGUGGGGCGAGCUUUGAGACUGGUGCAGACAGAAUAUAGCCCGGAGCUGCUGAAGAACGUCAGGCAGCUCUACGAAACGCGAUUUCCCAAAGCACCCGGAUGGUUGGCUGCCCGUCGCCCGGAGGGGAUACCAGCAGUGUCCUAUCCGACGAUCAACUCGUCCCCACGAAACAUAGCCCAGGGCACAGACUACCUCAAUGGCAUACCCAAGCUGGCUGCUCCACCAGCAGCCGAAGUCAAACUAGUGCCCUUGCCCUUUUACCAGAACAUGGAAACGUUGUUGCCACCUACAGAGCUAAUUGCGCAGAAUAGUGAGAAGCUACAGGAUAGUCAGUGUGUUUUUGAACUAACACAGAGCCAAAUAGACGAGAUCCGAAACUCCAGUGAACUUCGCCCAGGAGUGAAAUCAGUCCAAGUGGUCCUUAGAAUCUGUUACACUGACUCCAUUGGUGUCCAGGAGGAUCAGUACCCUCCCAAUAUUGCUGUCAAAGUGAAUCAGUCCUACUGUCAUGUUCCUGGUUAUUAUCCUUCCAAUAAACCAGGUGUGGAACCUCGUCGUCCUUGUCGCCCUAUAAACAUCACCCCCUGGCUUCAUCUCUCGACAGCCACCAACAGAGUCACUAUCACAUGGGGCAACUUUGGAAAGCGGUAUUCCGUGGCUGUUUACCUGGUGAAGGUCUUCACAUCUGCAGAGCUCUUCACUAAGCUCAAGCAGUGCUCAGUAGAGAGCGCUGAGCGAUGUCGUGAACGCAUUCAAGACAAGUUGCGUUUCGAUCCAGAGAGUGAGAUCACCACUACAGGACUGAGAGUGUCUCUCAUCUGUCCACUGGUGAAGAUGCGUCUGGGAGUGCCGUGCCGGGCGCUCACCUGCGCUCACUUGCAGUGUUUCGAUGCAGUCUUCUUCUUGCAAAUGAACGAGAAGAAGCCCACAUGGACCUGCCCUGUAUGUGACAAACCUGCUCCCUUUGAGCUGCUCUCCAUUGAUGGAUUGCUCUCUGAAAUCCUGAAAGAGACUGAGGAUGUGGAGGAGAUCGAGUAUUUGACUGAUGGCUCAUGGAGACCAAUCAGAGACGACAAAGAAAAGGACAGGGAGCGGGAAAAUAACCACACUCCAGAGUAUCCGGUUGUGGAUAUAUGCGUUCCUGAGACGAACGGCCACUCCCCAGCACACAGCAGUACAAGCCAGACGGGACGGUCGGCAUCGGGCGGUGCAACGGCAGGCACGGGUGGUGCCAGUGGACCUUCAGGUGGAGGGGCAGUGGUGGACCUUACGCUGGAUGACUCAUCAGAUGAAGAAGAGGCUGGAGGGGGGGCUGGGGACAGCGAGGACACAGACGACAGCCAGGACAGCCCAGCGCCCAAGAGGGGCCGAUACGAUUAUGACAAAGAUCUUGUCACUGCAUACUGAAACAGGCUGCAGAUACGGACAGAGGGAGAGGGGAUAUGGGUUCAGGUCUGAGCCCUAGAAAAAUCCCUUCACUCCCAUCGCUUUCUCUCCUAAAAUGCGUUUCCCCAAAAUACUCAUACAGACAUACGAACACGUGCACAAACUGUUGACCUCUGGAUCAGGUGGGCAUCCUCAUGACACCACUGGAAAUCCAUAGAUGCCCACUAAAGCCAUCCUCUGUCUUCUCCACGGCAUCUUGAUACUGUUUUCUCCCUUUAAAUAACUAUGGAGGAGUUCUAAACCACCCUUGAUUCUUUCUCUUCCAUCUCCCCCACACCUUGUAUUUCCAGCCCAAACCACUGAGCCUCACAGACACCCUAGGCAUUUUUAGCUUUCACCAUAGACGAGUUCUGUGAGGUGACGCUUAAAAAGAUUCGUCGUCAGCAAUAUAAGGUCAGAAUCGCUAGUGGCGUAUACAGAGACAAAACUGCGAGUUAGAUUCAAAAACUUAAGUAUGGAUUAAAAUGUUACAAACUAUACUUAAUACAGAGGAAUUUCCAUUGGGUUUAGAUAUAUUGUGGAGCAGCUGUUAUCCAAAAGCCAAAAUAAUUCUCGGCUCUCGCUGUAAUUCUGCAUGGUUUUGGCCAGAUUUGCAAGGUAAGGGUUUGUUUUUCAUAUAUUUAUUUGUCCCCUCUUUAUUUCUCUUUUGUUCCAUGGAAAUUGACAACCUACCUCAGUCAAAAGGCAAACUUGACCACAACUUGAAAGGUUAGACAACAUGACUUGAUUUUUUUUUUUUUUUUUUUAAAUAAAUAAUAAAUACUCUGUAACACUGGAAAGAAAACUCGCUUGCUAUCAUUUCGUGCCCUUAGAAAUCUCACUAAAACAGCCCAGGACUUUUCUCACAAGCGAUGGAUUUCCAAUCAGACUUGCUCACAGACAUGAGCUACGCUUUAUCUCCCAGCUGAAAUAAGGAAUGCUCUCUCAUAAUCAGUCAACACUUCAAACUGUGAGAACGUUUGAAAUUGAUGUUCCAGCAGGUAAAUAUUGUACAGUAGGAGCUGAUGAUUAUGCAUCUGAACUCAAACGGAUGAUUGCAAGACUGAGUCUCACUUUUGUGGCUUUGAUAACAAAGGCUGUGAAGUAUAUGGAGCUGCUUUCAUGAGAACUUAAAAUUGUGGAAGGCAGGGGGAGGAGAUGGAGUUGAAAAGAAGCCCAGACAUUGCCAAGAAAACAAACGGCCAUUUAAAUCACUCGUAGAAGUAAAUUCAGUGACCGCAUGAACUCUGAUAGGGAUCUAAGUCAUCUAAGCCAAUUGUGCAAUUGUUUUUUCUUUCUUUCAAGUCAGUCAUGUUUUUUUUUUUUUUUCCCCUUCCCCUUAAUUGGACCUUUUGGUUUGAAACUGAUAGGAGACUUUGUUUCCACUGUGAGCCCUGUGAAUCAGACAUUGAUGUUGGAUGUCAUUUAUUUUUGUCGUGAGAUGGAUCUCUUGGCUUAAUCUCGUGAUAUGGAAUCGGUAAUCAGUGUAACAUGCGACAUUCUUCUUUUUUGGCAUUUGAAAAUUUGUAUUUAUUGUUUUAAUCACUUGUCUUUGAAUAGCAUUCUGUAUUAUUUGUACAUACUGAGGCAUUUGAGAAGGGUGCAGUGCUAUUGGAAGUGCUAGUUUUUGGAAGGGAAAGAAAUAUGGUUCAGAGGCUGGUUCUGAUUACUGGGUUAGAUACUAGAUUUUGUUGUAUCCAUUCACAGAAGUCGCAGAAGUCUGUAAUCCACUCGCCUGUGGGCUGGUCAUGUGACACUAUAUACAUGGAGAUGGAGGCUGACCGCUUGAAAGGGGACUCAAGGUUUUGGUUCAGAGUCCAUCUCAUCUCAUUCAAAUCAUUCGAUUAGCGAGCCAUAAUACCGGAGUACCAGGUACAAUGUUAGCAAGAAGGGGCUCACAGCUUGCAAAUCAAUUUCCGUGAGUAGGAAGAGAAACCACUGCAUAAUGUCUACUACUCUGAGUGACACACCUGCCCCCCCUCCCCCCAACCCCCCAAAUCCUCUUUAUUUCUACCUUGAAAACAGUGUCAGUACUGUAUUCCAUCUCUGCAAGGGAAUGUCUUAACUGAAAACCAUAACGGUGAAGAAAGUCAAUUUUCAUUUUGAUUUGCGAGUCUGCAUAUGGUCUUCCAUGUAUUGUCCACAAUAUACAAUAUAAUAGCUUCAGGUUUUUUGUUGAGAAGCAAAAGUGCUCAUGUUGGCAUGUUCUUUUCUCUUUUAGUCCCUGUUUUUUGUCCUCCAACUGGACCACAUUUUGACUUUUUUUUUUUUUUUUUUUAAAUUAGGACCUUCAUGAAUAGAUUUCCAUUCUAUGCUUAUAAAAUUUGUUAGAAGAGAAUUGGAUAGAUAAAGGUUCAUUUAUAUGAAGUAGAAUGACUUUCAGCUUCUCGUUGGUGAAGUGUCGAGUCUGUGUUGGUUUUUUUUUUGGUUUUUUUGGUUUGUUUUUUGUUUUUGUUUUUAAAUAAAUCUGUGGUUUGACCUGAAGUGGGAUUGGAGGUGAAUCUUGAUUGGUGACAUCCCUUCUUAUUACAGUGCUUGAGAUAGCAUGGGCAGUGGCUUGCAAUGUAAUUGUUGUUUGUGUCUUUUUACAUGUUUAUUAAAAGCCAAUAAAAAAUAAAUAAUAUUUUAUCAAAUUUUGAAUUGCCUCCAAUUUGCUCUAGUGGGUGGUCUUGGAUCAAAUUUUAGUGGUUGGUUUCUGCCACUUUCAGAAGCGAUAAUUAAAUCAGUGAAAUUCUUUCAUGCCCUCUGCAAUGGAUUUGGCUGUGGAGUCAAGUAUUUGGUGGUCCCUGUUUAAAUGGAAAAACAUGUAAAAAGUUAAAGGACAUCAUACUGUCAUUUAUGUGUGCAAUGAAUUAAACUGAUUUAAAAAAAAAUGUA